GACUCGGCCGCGCUUUAGGUCGAGUCGGCGUCGUCUCUCGGCCGGUCACCUCACCAGUCUUUCCCGAGACACCGCGUGCGCAGUGUCGCUCUCUGCGCUCUUGUUUUCCUCGCGGAGCGAACCAACUUUGUUUUGUUGUCCUCCUUGGAGACAACCGAUUGGGAGGAGAAGGCGAAUAUACACGGCAUACAGAAAAGAAAAAAAAGUAUAAUAUCGUGUAAUAGAAGAGAUAGAAUUAGAGAAACUUGAAACUGUGUGACGAAGAGUUAGGAAUCACAAGUGAACGGUAACGAAACGGUGAAUGUCGAGUGAGUGGUGACGAGAUCUCUCGUGGACAAGGGGAGGGCCAGUGUGGUACGCGAAAACCGGUUGCGUUGAGAAGGUCAGUUACUUGAUCCGGUGUCAAGAAACGCGCGAAUUGAACGUUGCGUGGCGUCCGUUAUUUUGAUUCGUUUCAUUUAACGAAAAGUAAUCUCGCGUGAAAUCUUCGAAGUUGUUGAUUGUUACGCAUCCUCGUUCGACGACGUACGAAUCUCGUUCGAGGCGGCAAAGGCCAAGGUUGUCGUUUCGCGCGAGCUCUGGCAGAGAGACAGAGACGGAGAAAGAGAAAGGAAAGAAGAGGAAAGUAUCUAGCACGUGGGCGAGCACGGAAGAGCAACCGGCCUCUGCGCGUCGUCGUUGACACAAAGAGUAGAGGGAAAGUGGGAAAGUUGCUGAAGGGACAUUCGAUUGAUGAUAUCUCAUCCGGUAUAAAUCGAUAUAUCUAAGGUGUCGUUACGCUGAGAGCACCGCUGCCGGAGGGUAAUGCGCUUGGCGAGCGGAAACGAGAAGCUCCGGGCGGCCUUUAUUUUCUUCGGCCCUUGGUCCAGCCCCGCCGGCCGUUUCCACUCGUUCACCAAAUCGUCCACUGAUCGGAACGAAGGAGAACGGAGGAGGCAGCACGGUGCGUCCUUCUUGAUUCGAAAGGAGAAGUCGUGGAAGAACAGCGGAGCAACGAAAACAGCGGCCAGCAGGGAGCGCCUCGUCCGAUACGGCACUCAUCUUACGGCGACAGGAGGGAGUUAUGGUGUCUCGCACAUGCGAUGACUGUGGCCGCAGCCGUGGCACUGUGGCAUCGUGCCCACCUUUACAAGGCGAUCGCCUGCGUCGUCCUCGCUCUUAUUGCCAUUCAGUAUUUACUUAGUGGCGUGAUCGAUCGCCGUUCCAUAGAGACGAUUUUCACCAUUAAUGCCACCAGAUACGCGGAUCGUGCGUACAGACAUCAUCCACGAGGAUUGAUCAUAUACGGGCCUGUAACAGUGUCGAGCAUUCUAGGUGGCAACAAUGCCACCCUGCUUUGGGGCAGCAAGGACAAUUCCAACUUCUCCAAGCUGGACGCUGACGACUCCAUUCGAAACACGUACUUCGUUGGAAGUUCCCAGGAAUCUUUGACCGCAAAUUCGACAAACAAUACCGUGAUACCGCGAUGCCCGCUUGUCUCGCCGCAUCUCAUUGGCCCACUGACUGUUAGCAAAUCACCGCCCGAGUUGGAGGUGAUGGAGAAGACGUUCACCGAGGUGAAGCCCGGCGGCAAAGGUUGUCCAGCAAAUUGCACGGCCAGGCAUCGAGUGGCCAUCAUCAUUCCGUUUCGCGAUCGACCGAAGCAUCUCCAAACUUUGCUCUACAAUCUUCAUCCGAUGCUGCUCCGCCAACAGAUCGACUAUCAAAUAUUCGUGAUCGAGCAGAAAGGUAGCGACGCUUUCAAUCGCGCGAUGCUCAUGAACGUUGGAUACGUGGAAGCCUUGAAGGAACGACCUUUCGACUGUUUCAUUUUUCACGAUGUCGACCUACUUCCUGAAAACGAUAGAAAUCUGUACACGUGUCCGGAGCAACCGAGACACAUGUCUGUCGCAGUGGAUAAAUUCAAUUAUAGGUUACCAUAUGCCGAUUUAUUUGGCGGCGUAUCAGCAGUGUCACGCGAACAGUUUCGACUGGUGAACGGGUUCAGCAAUGUAUUCUGGGGUUGGGGUGGCGAGGACGACGACAUGGCGAACCGAAUCAAAGCGCACGGUCUUCAUAUCUCUCGAUAUCCAGCGAAUGUGGCACGGUAUAAAAUGCUUACGCACAAGAAGGAAAGGGCUAAUCCAAAGAGAUACGAGUAUCUAAAAACAGGUAAAAAAAGAUUCGCCACGGAUGGCCUGAGCAAUCUUCAAUACGAGCUGGUCGAUAAACAAAAGCCAAAAUUGUAUACGUGGCUCUUGGUGAAGUUGACACCUCCGCAACCUAGCUGAUGGCUGUCUUGGAUAGGAUAACGAACUGAAGAAAUCGAAAUAGCUUAAAAAAACAUAACCUUUCGAUUCUUAACGCGAAAUCUUAUCGUGAUGAUGUAAAAUGAAGGUUUACACUAUACAAACGCAUUCGCACUCGUUGCGGAGAAUUUCUCAAAGAAAGGAAGAGAAAAAAAGUAACAUGCAAAAGAGGAAACAACAUUUUUCCUUCGAGUUCCAAGAACUUGUGAAAAUGUCGAAAGAAGACAGCGUUCCAGUAGGAUACUGACGAGUUUGUUUCUCUCGUGAUUUCGUCGAUGACGAACGAGAGAGACGUUGUUACGUGAUAUAUUUUUAUUCCUUGUAUUUUUUUAUCGCAAUGAUAGGCUAAAAAUCAUGUAAAACGUAGCAUAUGAGCUAACGUGCCAAAGGAGAGUGAUAUGCGCGUGCGUGUAUGCAUGUAUAGCGUGUGUAUAUGUGUAUAUGCGUGUAUGUAUGUAUGUGUGUGUGUGUGUGUGCUGUGCGUGAUAAGAGACAAGAAAAAAGAAAGCAAACAUGUAAAGAGAAAUGGCAGAAAAAACUUCGCCAAUCCUUUCUGUAUUCUGCUAUCAUAGUUAGUACAUUUGUAUAUCUAUAUGUACACACCUAUGUACAUACGUACGAACUGAACUAUAGCAGCUCGAGGCUUCCUCGGUCGUGUUACAA